AGGCAUGCUUCCAGAAGAGUGGUGCAUCAGUGGUUGCCAUUCGAAAAUAUAUCAUCCAUAAGUAUCCUUCUCUGGAGCUGGAGAGAAGAGGCUAUCUCCUUAAACAAGCACUGAAAAGAGAAUUAAACAGAGGAGUCAUCAAACAGGUAAAAGGAAAAGGUGCUUCUGGAAGUUUUGUUGUGGUUCAGAAAUCAAGAAAAACACCUCAGAAAUCCAGAAACAGAAAGCAGAGGAGCUCUGCAGUGGAUCCAGAACCACAAGUAAAAUUGGAGGAUGUACUCCCACUGGCCUUUACUCGCCUUUGUGAACCUAAAGAAGCUUCCUACAGUCUUAUCAGGAAAUAUGUGUCUCAGUAUUAUCCUAAGCUUAGAGUGGACAUCAGGCCUCAGCUGUUGAAGAAUGCUCUGCAGAGAGCAGUAGAGAGAGGCCAGUUAGAACAGAUAACUGGCAAAGGUGCUUCGGGGACAUUCCAGGAACUCCGACCCACCUGGUGCAGAGGAGUCUUGUCUUGACCUGCUUUGGGAGAGUGUUGUCUUGAUGCUUUUCUCUUCCUCCUUGGAAAACAGCUGAAGAAAUCAGGGGAGAAACCCCUGCUUGGUGGAAGCCUGAUGGAAUAUGCAAUCUUGUCUGCUAUUGCUGCCAUGAAUGAGCCGAAGACCUGCUCUACCACUGCUCUGAAGAAGUAUGUCCUGGAGAACCACCCAGGGACCAAUUCUAACUAUCAAAUGCAUUUGCUGAAGAAAACCUUGCAGAAAUGCGAAAAGAACGGGUGGAUGGAACAGAUCUCUGGGAAAGGGUUCAGUGGCACCUUCCAGCUGUGUUUUCCCUAUUACCCCAGCCCAGGAGUUCUAUUUCCAAAGAAAGAGCCAGAUGAUUCUAAAGAUGACGAUAACGAUGAAGAUGAGUCAUCAGAAGAAGACUCUGAGGAUGAAGAGCCACCACCUAAGAGAAGGUUGCAGAAGAAAACCCCAGCCAAGUCCCCAGGGAAGGCUGCAUCUGUGAAGAAGAGAGGAUCCAAGCCUGCACCUAAAGUCUCAGCUGCCCAGCGGGCGAAAGCUAGGCCCCUGCCCAAGAAAGCCCCUCCUAAGGCCAAAACUCCAGCCAAGAAAGCCAGACCCUCACCCUCAGUCAUCAAGAAACCUGGUGGCGGCUCUUCAAAGAAGCCUGCAGCCAAUGUGAGAAAGGAAGUGAAAUUGCCUGGCAAAGGCAAAUCCACCGUGAAGAAGACUUUCAAAGCAAAAAAGUAAAUUUUAUAGGAAAAAAGGGUAUCAUGACAAAAUUAAAAAUCUUAUUUUCUAAGGUCAGUGUGCAUUUGUUUUAGUUUUUGAUGCUUUUAAAAUUACAUUGUUUUCCUCCCCUGUGAACAUUGUGGGGAGAGAAUAUAAAUGAACCAGUUUAGGCAUUUGUUAGCUUUAGGUGCUGUUCUUGGUGCCUGCCCCUUCCCUCAGUCAUUUUAAUUUCUGCAAUAAUCCUGGACUUUCGUAAACUAUGUAAUCUAUACUUGUCCUUUUUGUUCUCCUUAUCCCAACCCCCAUUUGUUUUUAUGGUCAGCUUUGACUUUCUUUUUUCCUUCCAGUUUUCUCUAAACAUUUGCAAAGAUUUUUAUAUUUGUAGAAAGCAUCAAGAACAGUAUGCUGGUCAGGUGCUGGAAGUAAAAAGGAGGCAGUAUAGCACCGACUGAGUAUGUAACGCCUCUUGCCUAGAGAUUUCAGUUAUAGCUGUAAUAAUUAAUCUUAUUUAUAAAAACCACUCCACUAACCCUUUCUCUCCAACUAUAAACACAGAGACAGCUUUGGGAAUAAGCCAAAAAGUAUGAUCUCAUUAGAUUUUGAAGAUGCAUGACUCCUUUGGGUCACUUUUCACAUUGAUUAAUUUCCAGGUAUUUUUCACCAGCCCAUAGCAUUGCAUUCCCUUAACAGCAAGCACAAGUUCUCUAUACCACUUGGUUUUUGAGCGAAGAGGAAGUAUAGGAAUAUAUUGAAUCUGUGAUUUCUGGUGUCACCUAUGUUACCAAAAAUCAAAACAAAUCUUGAUCAGAUGUUUAAAUAUAUUUUUUAAUAUUUGGAGCAUCAGUUGUCACUUCCUGUUUGCCUUUUUUAUAAGGAAAUGUUGGAGAGUUACAUCAUUGCUAAUGUAGAAAUUUAAGUGGAAAAACAUACAAUUUGCUAAAAUAAACUAGAUUCCAGAUUCAUCUGUGGGUUUUUUUCCCUUCUUUUCUUUCCACAGCACUUUUGAUAUCAAGCAAGUGGCUUCCUUUUUGAAAUACUAAAAAAAAAAAAGGAAAAACAAAUGAAGCCCUACUACCUAACCCUUUCUUAUUUGUAUUUGUUUUAGUAUUGUGAAGUUGUGUUAAAUAGUACUAGCUUUCUACUUGAGAAAUACCAAUUUCUGGUUAUCAUUUCUCUUCCCUGUGGCACUUGACAUUUUAAUUGUCUUAAACUUCUUGGCGUACAUCUUCUGGCCCCUUGAGUGCUGCCAGAGGCAAAAAAUGUUUGUUUCUUAUUCAUUCCACUUGCAUUGUUUCCUGGGAUCCCUUCUGUAGCCUAAAGUAUGGCUGAGAAAUGGACUUGAGAAGAUUGGCUUGAAUUAGGUCAUAAUCAUGUGUGAUCCCAUCAUGAGUUCAUUGGAAUUUGUGUUGCAUGUAAGGCAAUCUUUCCUGUUGUAAAUCUUCCUUUUUUUAUGUACAUAUAUUUUGAAAAAUAUGAAUAAACAUGAAAUUUUAAAAGCU